CAAAUACUUUCCCCGCAUCAAUAGUUUUAAAUGAAUGGAGAAAACCUCGAAAUUUCACCAAAUUCGGAAGAUUAGGUGUCUUAUAUAACACUAAUCACAAAUCAAAUUUUGUCAGUAGUCUAUACAUCUCAUUUCUUCCCGAUGUUGUUCUUUGAAGAUUGGUAUAAUAAAAUCCCCAUAGGUUCAGCUCAGUAUAGUACCCAAGCAGUUUGAGUAUCCAGACUGAAUGUUCGUCAACGUAGGUUAGGAAAUAUAUUAAGUGUCCUUAUCCAUUGACUACCUUGACGCGCAGUUACAACUGGUGUAAGAGUUGGUUAAAAGAAACCAGUUCAUGUAAACAUCAACUGAUGAACUUGGCCAUCUCGGUAGGUGAAGGCUACCUGGCUGUGGUUCACAUGGUCAUCAUAACCAAUGAUCGGAGACUGGGUGACAUGGUUCAGAUACUCUUUGUCUUCUCUUGGGUCUGCGGUUUCUAAGUUAUCGUACAAACUAAUGCAUUUUUGAAGAUGCGAUUUCAGAGGCAUCGAUUGAUACAUUAUCUUUUGUGUUGCCACAGCUAUUAUAACCACUUCUAUUGUUAUAAGGAUGGUCCCUUCAAUUUUGUCUUGCUGAACUAUUGGAGUUCGUCAGCUAGAAUUAACGUACUCAUGUGACAGGAUCUACGUUGAAUAUGACUGACCAAUGUUCGGUGAAUGAGUAUACCUUUUAUGUUGGCAAUAUAUUUACUCUUGUAAUAGACCACCAUCACUAACCUUAGAUUUAUUUAGGGCUUUUCGAAGCAGCGUUAGAAACUAGUAUUACCCUCAAUAGGAUAGUCGAUUCAAAGUGAUGAAUGGUUCAGUAAGCUCACUUGUAUUUCUUUUGUUUGUAGCUGAACUUUAUUAUUGAUUGUAUUAUAAAUCAACAAAUAGUAUCAAUCCCUCUAACUAGGUAAUGAAUGCUAAUAAUAAUAAUAGAGUGUCUUAUUACGUACAUAAGUAUAUGAGUGCCGUGAUGUUUUCGAAGCGAAAUCUGAUUUAGAGACUAGUCUCUAAUCUGAAGAUUCCGUAAUCUGAGCGCUUGCAUUUGUGCAUUUUUAAAAAUAAAAUGUAACACUAUUCUUCGUUUUUAGGUUAUGAUAUGCUCAAAAUACACUUCUAAUUUGUUCCAUAAUGUGUUUCGCUGGGCUUCCAGUCAGGUGGUUCUCAAUAGUACAAAUAUACCAGACUUAAAAGGACCGAGGUCUUUGAAUGCUGUUGCAGAGAAAACCCCACAACCAAAUAUUUUGGGCCAUCAUGUAAUUACAGAGGAAUGUUUGACUUCAUUAGUGGAAGAUAAACAAUAUUACGAAACCCCCAUUCUUCAUUUGCUCUCACGGAGAAACAACGUGAUUGCAACAUUAACUGACUGUAAUGGACGAGUCCUGAAUGGCACUAGUUGUGGUGCCGAAGGUUUUCGGAACGCUCGUAAAAUGUCUACUGUUGCUUUUCAAACUGUGGGUAUCUCCAUAGGACUGAAGGCGAAAAAACUUGGGAUUGGGGCUGUGCGUGUUGUAUUUAAUGGGUUAGGGUCAUGUAGGUUGCCUGUGCUCUCAGGUUUGAAUAUCUCGGGACUAAAGAUGAUCUCUCUGACGGAUGAUACAAAAGUUCAUUAUGGCCAUGGAAGAAGACCUAGAAAACAACGUAGGGUUUAAAAGGAACUUUCAUAUCACUUAAUGUAAUCAUAGUAGUGGGAGUGUACAUAAAAUAAACCCUAAAUUUUGGGCCAUUUGUGAAUCUUCUGUGUGUAGUUGCAAAUUACUUUUCAAGUUUAUGUUAAUGAAGCGUUUAAAGAUUCUAUUUACUGGCUAGAAUGUUGGUCAAACUGCCACAUUUGAUAUAAAAAUGCAUCACUACUAAUGAAGAUGUGUAUCUUAUCGAAAAUCUCAGAAACUCAAGGCAAUUGAGAAAAGACGCUUAAUUAGUUCUCUGUCCAAAGUUCUUUCCAAUAAAAGUUAACAUGAACUACCAAAUAAUUGUAUUACUAAUUGCUGUAUACUUGAGCUAGGUAAGUAUUGAGGUAAGAGUCCCAUGGGAUGCCACCGGUCACUCGUUAUAACUUCAAUUUUACUGAGGCCCAACUUUCAUAUGUACUAACUACUUCGGCAAUUCCAUGAACACGUGAGAAAAGCAGUAAAAUCAACCACAAUUCGCAGUCGCAAUGCGCACCAUGGAACAAUGAUUCGUGUAAAUGCAGUCGGUCCC